CGAUGGCAGCAGCUCAUUGUUUAGACUUUUAUCCUAUUCUUUUUGCUGGUGGAACAGGAAGCAGAUUGCAUCCAAUAACUGAUGACUUGAUAAAAGCUUUAUUACCUGUCGGAAAUAAACCUGCUUUAUUCUAUUCUCUCUAUAUGUUGGAGCGUUCUGGAUUUACUCAAGCUAUGGUGGUUACUGUUCCUAGUCAACUGGCAGCCAUCAGUAAUUAUGUUUAUGAACAAUAUCCUUCCGAUAAACUUGUGCAAAACAGAAGAACAAGUGCUCCUUCUAUGACUAUCCAUAUACAAACUGUUACGGAAGGAAUCGGUACGGCUGAUGCACUAAGGGAAAUGGCCAACUCCAUUUUUUCAGAUUUUGUGGUACUUUCUGCGGAUUUUAUUGUAGAGUGGGACCUCAUUGGAUUGUUAGAACAGCAUAGAACGCGCGACGCCUCUUUAACGGUAGUCUUGUACGAAGAUAUAUCUUCGAAACAAACAAAGGACGCACCGAAAGAUAAUUAUAGUUCAGCAUUGGAAGAUGUGGCUUUGAUGUCUCCUGUUCAUCAUCGUAUCUUUAUGUUGGAGUCCUCAGCCGAUGUUGAAAAUCAAAUUUCCAUUUCUUCUCAUAUUUUGAAAUACAAUCCUCGACUAUUUUUGAAACGGAAUCUAAGAGAUUGUCAUUUGUAUGUAUUUUCCCAUUGGGUGUUGGAGUUGCUGAGAAGAAAUGUGGCUAUAUCGAGUAUUAAAGCAGAAUUGGUUCCAUUCUUGGUUCGGAGACAAUAUCAUUUAUCGAAAAGAUGCCGUUCAUGGCAAAAACUAGUUGGAAAGUAUAAAUGGAAUCAUGAAAAAGAUUCUUUAGACAUUCCACUCGUUGCUGAAUAUCGAUGGGAAAAGGCUAUUCAUUGGACAUCAUUUCCAGAUAUUGUUCGUUGUUAUGCCAUGAUUUUGCCUAGAAAAGUAUUUGCGAGGAGAAUGCAUACUUUGGAAUGGUAUAGACAAGUUAAUGAUGCUUGUUUAAAGGGAUGGAUAGCUAGUUGUUCCAUGGGAGAAGAAUCAAAAGGAGGAGAAGAUAAAGCAUCUUCCAAUAAGAGAAAGAAUAACCAACGUUUGAUUGUGGGCCAAGAGUUAUCAUGUGGUGAACAGUCAGAACUGAAAGAUUGCGUGAUUGGGGAUCAUUGUCAUAUGGGACAACGAGUCAAGCUGAAUGGUUGUAUUGUAAUGGAUCAUGUUAUCAUUGGAGAUGAUUGUCACUUACAAAAUUGUAUCAUUUCCAGCAAUUGUCAUAUUUUGGAAGGAUGCAAAUUGAAACACUGUACUACUGCUGCUUCAGUUACUAUUCCUGCAGAUACAAGAGCCAAAGAUGAAUCAUUCGGAAAACUACAAGAUUCUGAUUUUCUGUUUCAUCCAUGAGUUGGGAAAUAAAGAGCUCGCG